CUGCACAACUUGACCGGAGCAGUUCUUAAACAUCCUCGCCUCCAUCCCCACUCACUGAACACGAACACGCGACUCUCGUUCGCUUCACCAUAACAAGUUAAGCACAUAUCGCAACGCAGCGAGGAAUACUGUUGCCGUGGUGGAUUGAAGGGUAAUCUCGGAUUGCUGAUUUGAAGGGACUGGGAGCAGAUUUUGCGUUUUAUUUUCUCCACCGGCGUCGCCAGCCGUCAACCGGCCGCUGAGAGCUGGAGGGGUCGGCUCGCUGGCUGGCAUUAGCCGAGCCGAAAAUUGCACCAUCAUCUUCAAGGCUUUUGACACCCGUGGAAAGGGGAAGCAAACAAGGCUUCCUCCUCUCUGUCUCCACACCCCCAAAGUGGCAGCAUGAGGUUGGAUUGGAAGAUGAAGGGUGGAACUAGUCUGUCAUCUUUUGCUCUCUAAGCUGUUUUGUGCGGCUGAGCUGGGAGACAGAGCAAGAUGCCUCCCAGGCCGUCCUCGGGGGAAUUAUGGGGCAUCCACCUGAUGCCUCCCAGGAUCUUGGUGGAUUGCCUGCUGCCCAAUGGAAUGAUUCUGACCCUGGAGUGCCUCCGUGAGGCAACUCUCAUCACCAUCAAACAUGAACUGUUUAAAGAAGCCAGAAAGUAUCCCCUCCAUCACCUCUUGCAGGAGGAGACCUCUUACAUCUUUGUCAGUGUUACUCAGGAAGCUGAGCGGGAAGAGUUCUUCGACGAGACACGGCGGCUGUGCGACCUCAGACUUUUUCAGCCUUUCCUCAAGGUCAUCGAACCGGUUGGCAACCGAGAGGAAAAGAUCCUGAACAGAGAGAUAGGUUUUGCCAUCGGUAUGCCAGUGUGUGAAUUUGACCUGGUGAAGGACCCCGAAGUUCAGGACUUCAGGAGAAACAUCCUGAAUGUGUGUAAAGACUCUGUUGAACUGAGAGAUGCCAGCGGACCCCAUAGCAGAGCCCUCUACGUUUAUCCGCCCAACGUGGAAUCCACGCAGGAACUCCCAAAACACAUUUACAGCAAAUUGGACAAAGGUCAAAUUAUUGUUGUCAUUUGGGUGAUUGUUUCUCCAAAUAACGACAAACAAAAGUAUACAUUGAAGAUCAACCACGACUGUGUGCCUGAACAGGUGAUUGCAGAGGCCAUUCGCAAGAAGACGCGCAGCAUGCUGCUCUCCCCCGAGCAACUGAAAAUGUGUGUUCAGGAGUACCAGGGCAAAUACAUCCUCAAAGUUUGUGGCUGUGACGAGUACCUGCUGGAAAAGUACCCAAUCAGCCAAUACAAGUACAUUCGUAGUUGCAUCAUGCUGAGCAGGAUGCCCAACUUGAUGCUAAUGGCCAAGGACAGCCUCUACACCCAAUUGCCUAGCGACAACUUUGUCCUACCGUCGUACUCCCGCCGCAUCUCCACGGCGUCAUCGUAUAUGAACGGAGAGGCGGCCGCCAAGUCGCUGUGGACCAUCAACGGAACGCUGCGAAUACGGAUCCUCUGCGCCACCUAUGUUAACGUCAACAUAAGAGACAUCGACAAGAUUUAUGUGAGGACGGGCAUUUACCAUGGAGGAGAACAGAUGUGCGACAAUGUCAACACGCAGAGAGUGCCCUGCUCUAACCCCAGGUGGAACGAGUGGCUGACCUACGACAUGUACAUCCCGGACGUCCCGCGAGCCGCCAGACUUUGCCUUUCCAUUUGCUCCGUCAAAGGCAGGAAGGGAGCAAAAGAGGAGCACUGUCCGCUGGCUUGGGGCAACAUCAACUUGUUUGACUACACGCACACGCUCGUGGCCAACAAGAUGGCGCUCAACCUCUGGCCGGUUCCCCAUGGUCUGGAAGAUCUUCUCAAUGCCAUUGGGGUCACGGGCUCCAACCCCAACAAGGAAACGCCGUGUCUGGAGCUGGAAUUUGACCACUUCAGCAGUCCCGUCAAAUAUCCCGACAUGAACGCUGUGGAGGACCACGCUAACUGGACCAUCUCGAGAGAGCUUGGCUUCAACUACAACCUGUCUGGACAGAGCAACCGUCUGGCGAGAGAUCACGCCCUGACUGAGAGUGACAUGGAUCAGCUGAGACAGCUCAGUAACAGAGACCCGCUCUCAGAAAUUACAGAACAGGAGAAAGACUUCCUGUGGAGGCACAGACACUACUGCAUGAAUUUCCCUGAGAUCCUGCCAAAGAUCCUUCUCGCCGUCAAAUGGAACUCCAGAGAUGAAGUCGCUCAGAUGUACUGCCUGUUGAAGGAGUGGCCGUCCAUCCGUCCCGAGCAAGCCAUGGAAUUAUUGGACUGCAACUACCCGGACCCCAUGGUUCGACACUUUGCUGUGCGCUGCCUUGACAAGUACCUGACUGAUGACAAACUCUCACAGUACCUCAUCCAGCUUGUGCAGGUUAUAAAAUACGAGCAGUACCUCGACAAUCCUCUGGCUCGUUUUCUGCUCAAAAAGGCGCUAACUAAUCAGAGAAUAGGACAUUUCUUCUUUUGGCAUCUCAAGGCUGAAAUGCACAACAAAACGGUGAGCCAAAGGUUCGGGCUGCUGUUGGAGGCGUACUGCCGGGCCUGCGGCAUGUACCUCAAACACCUAAGCAGGCAGGUGGAGGCCAUGGAGAAGCUCAUCAAUCUCACCGAUAUCCUCAAACAGGAGAAGAAGGAUGAGACGCAGAAGGUUCAGAUGCGCUUCCUGGUUGACCAGAUGAAAAGACCCGACUACAUGGAUGCGCUACAGAAUUUCACCUCUCCUCUUAACCCCGCCCACCAAUUGGGCAACCUGAGGUUGGAGGAAUGCAGGAUCAUGUCAUCGGCAAAAAGGCCGCUGUGGCUCAACUGGGAAAAUCCAGACAUCAUGUCCGAGCUCCUCUUUCAAAACAAUGAGAUCAUCUUCAAAAACGGAGACGACCUGCGCCAAGAUAUGCUGACUUUGCAGAUUAUCAAAAUCAUGGAGAACAUUUGGCAGAACCAGGGACUAGACCUACGCAUGCUGCCCUACGGCUGCCUGUCGUUGGGAGACUGCGUAGGACUCAUCGAGGUGGUUCGCAGCUCGCACACCAUCAUGCAGAUCCAGUGCAAAGGUGGCUUGAAAGGGGCUUUGCAGUUCAACUCCAACACACUGCACCAGUGGCUCAGAGACAAAAACAAGGGCGAGAUGUAUGAUAUGGCCGUGGACCUUUUUACCAGGUCCUGUGCUGGCUACUGUGUAGCUACGUUUAUUCUUGGAAUUGGAGACCGGCACAACAGCAACAUUAUGGUCAAAGAUGAUGGGCAGUUAUUUCAUAUCGAUUUUGGACAUUUCCUGGAUCAUAAGAAAAAGAAGUUUGGCUACAAGCGAGAGCGAGUGCCCUUCGUGUUGACGCAAGACUUCCUCAUCGUCAUCAGUAAAGGCUCCCAGGAGUGUGCCAAGACCAAAGAGUUUGAGAGGUUCCAGGAGAUGUGUUAUAAAGCCUACCUGGCCAUCCGACAGCAUGCCAACCUCUUCAUCAACCUCUUCUCCAUGAUGCUGGGCUCCGGCAUGCCCGAGUUGCAGUCGUUUGAUGACAUCGCCUACAUUCGGAAGACCUUGGCCCUGGAAAAAACAGAGCAGGAGGCGUUGGACUAUUUUAUGAAACAGAUGAAUGACGCUCACCAUGGCGGCUGGACCACCAAGAUGGACUGGAUUUUCCACACCAUUCGACAGCAUGCACUCAACUAAGCUGCAAACAAACAACGUUAUUUAUUCCCACCUCGUCUCUGUUGAGGUGGCAGCGAUCGAUCGAUGCCUUUGUUUGGAGUCACGCCUCCUGGGAGAAAUGCACUAUUUUUUUGUAGAAUGACACUGGAAAACCAACGGCCAUUGCACUUAAUGCUGAGGAGAACUCCCAAAUGGUGAAAGGACUUCAAAACCAUCGUCUUCAUCCAGCUACCAAUGUAGCCACCGGGUGUGUCUUGCUGCUUGAUUAGCGUUGCUCCGUGGCCGGCCCCGCCCUCAAACCGUUUUCGUGGAAAACAUUUCCUUGCCAGUGCCAAGAAGAAGACAGACAAUAAAGCAACUAAAUGAUUGCUUUAAGGACCUGUUGUCACUUCGCCUUUAGUCUUCCACCAUUUUUGUGGUGAAACUGCACCUGUAAAGCGGCACCUUUGCCAAACCUUCCUUGAGCCUCCAAGGUGUGUUGUUUGUCCCCCCCAUCCUCCAACCCACCCGGUGGUGGUGGUGCACCUUGAGACUGAUUGAUGACUACUUUGGAAAGGUAUGUACCAAACGAGUUUGAGUCACUUUCCUUUCAAUUUGCUGGCAUGAUGAUGAUCUGUCCUCAGCAUCUCAACGUAAGCAAUGCGGUCGCCAUAUUUGUGGAUUUGGGGGCAGGUUACAGAGUAUUGUUUUUUUAUGAUUAUUACAGUUGAAAAUAUUUUUCGACAUUUGAGCAGAGCAGAUGGCCUGCCCGCCGUGUCUUUUUGUGGCUGUCAUUAGUGCACUGAUUGGAAUGGAAAGGUGUUGACUGUUUGUGUUGUGAUGCAAAACGGACUCUGUGGCCAGUUUACAAGUUUGGCGUUAGCAGGUGUCCAGAAGGUCAAAACAUCACUCCACAAUAUCGCACGCUAAAGCCGAAAACUGUAUGAGAACUCCAUCUUGUUGAACUUGGCGGAUUUGCCUGACAUUUGCCAUCUUACAGUUUGAUUGUAUUGAGGAAGUCAGCGUUGUUCUGUUGCGAUGUGAUGCGAGGCAAAGAUGUGAAGUUCGGUCGCAGCAUUAACAGUUGUAAUGUUUUGAGUUGUGACAACAAACCACACGUGCGCUCACUAUUUAUCAUGUGCUCAGAUGCAGUUUUUAUUUUCUUAUUUGUUUUGUAGGUCAGUCAAAGUUCAUCAUGCAGUUAAGCAAAUGACAUUUUUUUUUGCACAUUAAACCUUGAAGCAUUAAGCUGUGUGCUUGUACAUGCAAAAGUUCCAAUCCAGCUUUUUUUGUGAAUGUCAAACUGAGAGCGUUUGAAUGUCCUUACCUGUCCCAAGUGGUGAUACAUCUGCGCGGGUUGCAGAACUUAUUGGGCAGGUCCCACUUUGUCUUGGCACGCCAACUCAAUGUCUUUCAAGGCAUUUUCUUGUGGGGAGUUUGUCAAGUAGAUGAUACAUUUCACUUUUCAUUUUUCAACAUAAGCCUCAAAAUGACGUUUUCUUGCAGAGUAUGCUUGUUGAAAAUGAAGAAAAAAAACAACCUUUUGAUAGAUAACUUUUUCCUUUCCUGUUAUCUGAUUUAUCCCUCGUCAAAGUCUGAGUAUCAAAUUGACUGAAUGGGUCGGAUCUCGUCAACAAGUACUGAAGAACACCCAAUGCAAUACAGAUGCACAACACACUAAUGUGAAAGGGAAAAUAAAUCGUCGUAAUGUUUUGAUUGUGACUGUCCACCUGCUAUGGUUGCGAAUGUAACUUUUAAUGUAGUUGAGCCUUUCAAAUGAAGUGAGUGAGUGGCUUUCGAGGAUGUGAAACACCUGCGACUUACAUAACUCUGCUUGCUCCUGUUGAAAUGCCUCAAAGGAAAUGCAGAUGCAUUGAUCAUAUGGUCAUCAGCCUUGUUUUUAUAUGCAGUGCUUAUUGUACAUGACAUGCUGACAAAACCUUAGCCUCUACUAUGAAUGUCCAAUGUAUUUUUUUUUCUCACAGCCUAUCUGCAUGAUUGGGUGAAGCUAAAGUGUGUCCUCUUUGCAAAGCACUCACACGUAUUUCUAAACGACUGCCUUAAGUUUGCUUCCUUGACAGGUUCAUUUUCACGUUAACAUGUUUCGACGCUGAAUUGUAUUGUCGUGUUUUUGUGUGGCUGCCUGGUCACAGG